AAACAUCACUCCUAUCACCCACGUCCUACCCACACCCAUUACAAUCAAAGAGAAAGCCCGCCAAGGAAUUAUUACAAAGGUAAGACUAAUGAGAGAAUAGAAUCUAAACCUUCCAUAAAAAACCAUCUCAGGUCCAAUAUAUCGAACAUGAGAACCCCCAUUCAGACAGAAAAAAGAGCCAAAUCAGAUGAAUUUCUUACAGCCCAAAGUAAGUUUAGAUACAAUUCCAGAAGAAUAUCAGAUAUUCACACCCAUAACCGAUUUGACCCCCUUACUAAAACCUCAGAAGAGGAGGAUUUUUGGAGUUUGAGGAACAAGGACAAACACAAAUUCCUCUCACGCCAAAAAUCACCAAACAAACGACAAAGUACGGAAGAAGGGGAAUUAGAGGAGGAGUGGACACACAGAGAAGGAAAGAGAGACAAACGCAACCCAUAA